AUGACUGCCAUGUUGGAUACUAAAUCGGCUCCAACACCCGGUUCAAUGGGCAAACCAUUGUCCAAGAAUGAUGGUACUGCUCUAGCGACCCCACUAAAUAUCGAAGAAUUUUUGGCUCUCUUCAAUGUCACCAUGACUUGUCUAGACAUUUCCUUUGCUGUCAAUCGUGCUUGCCAAUUCAUGCAGCAUCCAACAUCCGCAACAUGUUUGCAGAAAUGGAUUCUUCGUUACUUGAGAGGAACUCAAGCUCAUGGCAUUACACUUACAACUGCCUCCAAUCUUCACCUAGGAGCCUUCAUUGAUGCGGAUUGGGCUUCCAAUCCAGAUGAUAGGAGAAGCAUAGGUGGCUACUGUGUCUUCCUAGGUGAUAACAUAGUCUCAUGGUCCUCGACUGAGUAG